AUGUCUGCCUCAUUAGAUAAAUCAUUAGAUGACAUUAUUUCAUCAAACAAGAAAACUUUUAAAUCCAAAAGACCAGGUGCUAAAUUUGGCGCUAAAGGUGGCAACCGUGUUGGUAAGAAAAUUGGUGGUACUAAUAAUAACAAAAAACCAAUAGCCAAAUUCAACAAACCUGCUGCUGCUGUUGCUGCUGCCGUUCCUGCUAUUGAUUUGAGUUACGCUACUAAAGUUAAUGUUUCUGGUUUACCAAAGGACUUGAAACACGAUAACAUUAAGGAAUUUUUUCAAUCACAAAUUGGUGGUGUGCAAACUGUGGCCUUGAGUUAUAAUGAAAAAGGUCAAUUCAAAGGUUUUGCUACUAUUGUUUUCAAAUCCAGUAAAUUUGCAACUGCUGCAGUUGAUAAAUACAAUGGUGCUUCCAUUGAUGGAGGUGCUGCCAAAUUAAGAUUAGAAUUAAUUAUUGAUACUAGUAAGAAACCAUUGGCUGCCAGAAUUGCUCCAAAUGCAAAGGCUGCUGCCGCUGCUAAAACCGCUGGUGGUAAGAAGAUUGCUGCUGCUAAAAAUGCUCUUAAUAAAAAGAAGGCUGGUCCUGGCAACAAAAACAACAAUAAGCAAAAGAAACCAAAACAAAAGAAGAAGACUAUUGAAGAAUUAGACCAAGAAAUGGCUGAUUAUUUCGAAAAUUAG